AUGUUCGCAGGAUCAGUAUUUGUGGUCCCCCAACAGUCUGCAAAUGCCUCGAGAGCCUGCCAGCGCAUUGAAAGUCUGCCAACAUUCUGGGAGCCGCGCCCGCAGCUGUCUCGGCCCAUGGCUUACAAUAAAGUGUUCAUAGGCCAAUUGGCCCGGGGGGUGCCCCAGAAAGACCUCCGCGCACGCCUCGCCGAUUGUGGGGCCGCCGACGGCAUCGAGGAGAUUCACAUCGCGAGGGAGCAGCGCAACUUUCCAGGCCGCAGGGCCGUCGCUUUCGUGUGCUACGAGUCGGCGGAGCAGGCGGCGGCAGCGGUCGCCCUGACGGGCAGCUGGUGGCCGACGGUGCCCAUCUUCAGGGCGUCUCGAGAGCGUCUUGAGAAUGUUUUUAGUGCGCGUUGA